UGCCUGGUUGAGGGGCUGUUGGCCCGCGGGCGCUAUGGUCUUCCUCACCACAGCGCUCUGGCUACGGAGUCGCCUCACCGACCGCUACUGGCGGGUCCAGGAGGUGCUGAGGCACGCGCGGCACUUCCGGGGGAGGAAGAAUCGGUGCUACCGGCUUGCCGUCCGGGCUGUGACGAGAGCGUUUGUGAAAUGUACGCGAGCCCGAAGGGUGAAGAAGAGGAGCAUGAGGACGCUCUGGAUUAAUCGAAUUACAGCUGCCUCCCAGGAACAUGGUCUGAAGUACCCGGCAUUCAUUGGCAAUUUAAUUAAGUGCCAAGUGGAGCUCAACAGGAAAGUGCUUGCGGAUCUAGCCAUCUACGAACCAAAGACUUUUAAAUCUUUGGCUGCUUUAGCCAAAAGGAGGCGACAGGAAGGAUUUGCUGCUGCCUUGGGGGAUGGGAAGGAGCCUGAAGGCAUAUUUUCCAGAGUGGUGCAGUACCACUGAGGGGGACGCCAAUACCGCCUGCCCUUUGCAGCCGAGUGUCUUAAGAAAAGGUUUCUCCCCUGAUGCUCAUAACUAAAACAGGGGCGAAAGAUUAUUUGUCAACAGUGUGUGUCUGAUUUGCAGUUGUGUUAAUUUACAUUUCAGUUAACAGGUGUGAGAAAAGGCUGUCCUCCCUCUCUGGGACAGACUCAAACCUCUCAUGUAAAUAAAGCCCGUGUGCUGUUUGUUCAUCGU